ACUAGCAUGGAGGAAUGCCGCUGAGCAAGUCCCAGAAGCAGGAGCAGAACCAGCCGCCAGGAAAGCAGCCUCCUCCAAUGCCACCGCGCGGACACAGAUACAGAUACAGAUACGGAUACGGCCUCAGACACAGAUACAGCCACAGCUCCAGAUACGGAUACGGACACCGAUACACGACAAUAAUGUCCCUGCUUUCGUCCAGGCAGCGGCGCAUUAUGCAGUGAUUUUGCCACUCAUCCCUCGUCCUCGUGUCUCGUGGCCCAGCGACAGUUUGCCCCGCCCCGCCCCCGCUUCUCUCCGCCGCCCCCACUCUACCGCUCUACCGAGGAAGAGGAACAGCAACAACAAUAGAUUCAGCAGCAACGCAUCCCGAACGCCAGCAAGAUGACCACGGACUUUCUGUUCCCCAAAAUAGCGGACUGCUCCUAUGUGUCCUGUUACUGCGAGGAAAAUGUGUGGAAGCUCUGCGAGCAGGUGAAACGCACGCGCCCGGAGGAGCUGUCUAAGUGCUACGCCGUCUUCGUCUCCAACGAGGGUCGCACGGUGCCCCUGUGGCGCCAAAAAGCAGGACGUGGCGACGAUCAAGUUGUGAUAUGGGACUACCACGUCUUCUUCAUGCACAAUCCGUCGCCGAACCGGUGUUUGGUCUUCGAUUUGGACACCACGCUGCCAUUUCCAACAUAUUUCCACAAGUACGUGACCGAGACGUUCCGCUCCGACCUGGCCCUGCGACCGGAGCACCACAGAUUCUUCAGAGUCAUACCCGCAGACACAUAUCUCAUUGAGUUCUCCUCGGAUCGGCGUCACAUGCGCCGGCCCGAUGGGAGUUGGAUCAAGCCGCCGCCCUCAUAUCCACCCAUUCUCUCGAACACGAACUUACACUGCCUGGGAGACUUCAUCUGCAUGAGCGCCGGCAAGGGCCCGGGCGCAGUGUACAGCCUCUCGGAGUUCGUGCACAACUUCUACAAGUCGCCCCACGUGAUGGCCCAGAACAACAAGUAGAGCAGGGAUCAAGGAUCCGGGCGGCCGAGGACAUCCCCGCUACCGAACCCUAUCGUUUUGUCGAGUUGUCGCUAGCAGACAGUUAAUUACCAAUUGCAUACAUAUACAUACAUACAUAUACACGCGGACAUAUAAGCAUAUAUGUUUAUAUAUACACUCACAUACAUAUAUAAAUACGGAUAAAAUAUAAAGUAUAUUUAUGAUAAUGUAUUUUUGUAUUCAGGUUAACAGAAAAUCAAGCAAAGAAGUUACAACGCUGGCUCUCCGCAGCUCUCCGCGUACAUUUGUAUUGAAAUUGAAAUUCAAGUCUAAAGAAAUUAUAAAUCUAAUUAUACAUUUUUUAUUGUACGUAUUCGAUAAAGACGAAACCAAAGUAAAAGCUAACCACUCGUAUAUACACCCCGCAUAUAUACAUACACACUUAUAUAUAUAUAUAUACCUGUAUGUAAACGUACCGACGAAGACAUUUUGAUUCGUUACUCUCCAUAUACUUUUUGUAUCUUUAAAGUUUAAACCAACUAAUGAAUGGAACGCACCAAUUACAAGUAACCAGGCCAGCGGGUACGGCUAAAGGAACUUGCUAUGCUCUCGAUUCUGUAAUUCAAUUUUUGGCUAGGCUCAAAGCUAACCCACACCUAACUCUAAAUUUACGCUAAAUUUAAACGAAAAAUCUUAACCUAACUCUAAGAACUUGACGGCUUGUUAACUUGUUUUACUGUACUUUACAUUAAUUACGUACUCGAACCGCAAUUAUUAUUGUAAUUCAUAAAUUAUCUACUUUGUAUACAAAGGAAAACAAACAAAUCGAAGCUAAUCGUAACGAAAUCGAUGAUACUGAUAAUGUGUAUUGUACUGUAUGUUUGUAUCUAGCUAGUUUUUGUACGGUUUGUAUGCCCGAGGACCCUCAGUACUCCCCAUAGUCCCGCUUAGCGUUGAUUUCGAUAUAUGUAUGUAUUUACCGAACCGUUUUCCGUUUCGAUUGAUAACUUGUGACGCGCAAAGACUGAUUCAUUAUACGCUCUACGGUAGCUGCAGCACCCCGAGUCCCGAUUCCCGAUUCCUUCUAGAAUCUAGGUCUUGAAGAACCCCUGGCCAGAUCUGUCCCUAGAGUGACCUUCCUUUGCAGGGCUUUUCUCCAUUCUCCAUUGUUUGUUGUCCGGCUUCCAAUCUUCAUACUCGGAUUAGUUAAGAAAACUCGCAUUUAUUUUCAUUUCGAACUUCGAUUUGUAUAGAGAGGUUUUUACUCGAUUCGUACUGUACUGUACUGUACUGUAGUGUGGGAGUAUGAUUACCAGGUGUGUACACACAUGAACAUAUGAAACAUAAACGAAGAUGUAUAAUACAUAAAUGCUGUGCAAAAGUCUCAAAGUUAAACCUAAACUUUUAAUUAUACGAAACUGUAGCAACAAACACAAAUUUUGUCAAUGUUCUAACGAGUGUCUGCAUUAGAUAGAUACCGACGUAUGUAUGUACUUGUGCGAUUAUCCUUGAGUUCAUGUUCGAAUCGCUGAUUUUGAAUCGUUACAUCCAUCGCUGAAAGGAACACCAAGCAAGCGAUUGCAAUAAAACGUGUAAAAUAAUCUAUAUUUAGUCACUCUAGCCACUCACUUAGAUAGUGCAUACUUAUCGCGUUUGUAACAGCAAAGGCGCCACUCUUUUUCUCUUCCAAUUUUUCUAUUCAAACUCCCGAUAACAUGGCAUAUAAACAAUAUUGGGCCUCUUGCUAAAACACAGAUAUACAUAUAUAUAUCUUAUAUAGAAAUAUACCUAGCUCUAAGCUAAUCAUUAAGUUUGGCGCCUGCGGCGUCUUUUUACUCUUUUUUAUAUAAGCAUAUAUACAUAUAUUUAACUGGACGAAAUCUAAAAGCAACUGAGCAGAAAUCGAACAAUGAUGCCCCGGCAGCCGGCUCUGAUGCACCGGUUCCGGAUGCACCAUCUGCGUGAGCAGCAUCAGAGUCACAAUACCAGGUCACAAUAAACUCCGCACCCCGGUGUCCUUUGAAUCCUCGAA